UAAACGAGAUUUAGCCUUGCCAUCUGGCUAUCGAAACUUCCCAAUCUCUCCAUCAUGACAUCGCCCCAGAGCGGUCGCGUCAUCAUCGACCCCACUGGAGGUGCACUGAUAACUUUGGAGAGCUCAGAAACAGUCUUUGCUCUCUGGCUGGAGCCCCUGGAUACUUCGAGCGAUUCAGAAGAUAUAGGCACCGAAGAUCUAACUGAAGAACUUGAUUAUGAAGAUCAUAGCGAUGGAGAGGAAUUGCCCAAUUGGAUGAGCCCACCUCUGCCAAUUAUCUACCAGAUUUCAUCAGCGCAUCUUAUCACAGCAUCUCCAAAGUUUAGAAGUGAGCUUUUGUCCUCAAGAGACAACCAGAAAGACAGCAAUAGCCUCCAUCACAUCAAAUGCUCAGAUUGGGACCCUGAAGCCUUUGAAAUAUUACUCAACACGUUGCAUACCCGCUACCGCCGAGUACCAAAGCAGUUGAGCUUGGAAAUGCUCGCCAAAAUCGCCGUAAUGGUCGACUACUACAAAUGCUGGGAAGCUUUCGAACUGAUAUCUCAAACAUGGAUCAGACACAUUCGUGUGUGCCACCCGAUGCCUCAAACCUACAGCCGCGACCUGAUGCUCUGGAUGCUGGUCACCUGGGUUUUCAAGCUACCGAAAGAAUUCACCAGGGCCACUGCCAUAGUGUUGCGACAAUGUACGGAGCCAAAGAUACAAGACAUGGGGCUGGGAAUUCCACCAUCAAUACUCCGGACGCUGGAAGCCCGACGUUCAGAAGCCAUCGAACAAAUCAUCGAGACAUUCAACUGCUGGAUCGACGAGUUCAGCGACACCUACACGUGCCAGGUCGAUGCAGACUUAUCUUUCGAGUGCAGCUCGAUAUUACUUGGUGCCCUCAUGAAGCAGAUGCGAAACAUCGAUGUUCUAUCACCUCUAGUCGUUGCGCCAUUCGAUGGGUUCAGUCUGGAGAAGGUCCAUGAGAAUAUCAAAACGAUACAAUCACCGAUUUGGGAAACGUACGAUGGAGUUAAUGAGCUUUACCCUAUUAAGCAUGCUUGCGGCUUUCACAGAACAAUCAUACGAGACGUUGGGCAUAUUGUUGCGAAGACGAAGGGGUUGGUUCUGAGUAACUUUGUGGAUUGCAGUGAGAAUAUGGAGGGGUUGAGUCUUGGUCCUCCAUGAGCGCUGUCGUGGAGUGUUUGGUGUUCUCACUUUGGUGUUUGGUUUUUACUUCGUAUAUACCCACAUUCACAAACGCUUGCUUCCUGGAGAAUAAUAAAUGAAUAUGAUAUGAAGGCAUCAGUAGUCAUAGAAUCGCGUUAGCAAAAUGUUGAUUUCCUUC